AUGGCUGCUAAUAGGAAUGCUUUGGCCCUUCACAAAGUGAUAAUGGUGGGCAGUGGCGGCGUGGGUAAGUCAGCACUAACACUGCAGUUUAUGUAUGAUGAGUUUGUGGAGCUCAAAGCUGAUAGCUACAGAAAAAAGGUGGUUCUGGAUGGAGAGGAGGUCCAAGUCGACAUCCUUGACACAGCUGGGCAGGAGGACUACGCUGCCAUUCGAGACAACUACUUCCGCAGUGGAGAGGGAUUUCUCUGUGUGUUUCUCACAGAAUCAGAAUCCUUUGCUGCUACGGCUGACUUCAGAGAACAGAUCCUUCGGGUGAAAGAGGAAGAUAACGUACCUUUUCUGCUGGUAGGAAAUAAGUCAGACUUGGAGGAUCGACGGCAAGUUGGGGUGGAGGUGGCCAAAGCCAGAGCAGAGCAGUGGGCAGUCAGCUAUGUUGAGACUUCUGCCAAAACCCGUGCCAAUGUAGAUAAGGUGUUUUUUGAUCUUAUGCGUGACAUCAGAGCCAGAAAAAUGGAAGAUGGAAAAAAGAAGACGAAAAGUUGGGCAGAGAGAAUUCGGGAAAGAUGUUGCAUUUUAUAAAGACUGCAGCAGUGUGCACUGUUAUGCC